CCUAGGCUACUUCUUACAAUGGAAUAAAUAUUAACACCGUUUAUUAAUAAAGAUAAGAUAAAACCAUAAUAACCUUCCAAUUGUGUAAGUCCUCGCAUUCAUUGAAAGAGUGGUUUCAAGGUGGAAGGGGGCCAUUAAGAAUGUGUGGAUCAUACCCUGCGUUGCUCAUAUUAAUUCUACUGAGCUUUACGGGGGCUCAACAAGAAGAUCUCCACUACAUUGGAGUAGGAUAUAACUUACUGACAGGAAAUCCUGACGGGAGCUUAGUUUCUAAUGGAGGAGUCGAUCCAGGCCUACUGUACACCAGGAAAAUCCUUGAGGUCACCGAACACGACUCACCUACAAGAGUUCAAAUCGAACACCGCCAUAGCUGUGCUAACAAGAACACAACGUCCAUGUACUAUGGAACCAAAUCGUAUCAAGACAAACUAAAGCUUGGUGUAAAAACCUCAGGUGGUGCAAGCGUAGGAUUAGCGUCGUUUUCCUUUACGUUAAGUGGAAGAUACCAACAAGCACAUAAUAAGACAAAUUUAGAACACAACAUAAUUCAGGAUCAGAUAAAUCUGUGUAAUCUUGGUCGAGUGCGUUACAUGACGGAAUUGGUCAAUGCUGGAAAAUUUCCCAUCACACAAAGCUUUGCAGCUGCUAUUUGUUCACUUCCGGUGACGUAUAACCAAUCGGCUUACAUGAAAUUUUUGGAUCAUUGGGGAACGCACAUUACGGUUGAAGUUGAGCUUGGUCAAAAACGAAUCAGCCGUUCACAAAGCUCCUUCAAACAAUUUAUGGAGCAAGUUAGUAAGUCGGGAGGUUUCGAUUUAGAUGUAGGGGGAUCGUACCUGGGAUAUUCUGCAUCUCUGGGAGUCAACUUUGAUACAUUCAAACAAAGUAGCAGUUUUAAACAAAACUAUGGAACCUAUCAAUAUACCUUACAGUCCGGGUCUGAAACUCUCCCAGAACCGAUUGGUCUGACACUAGAGACCAUUGAUGAAGCCCUGCAACCCAUGUUCUGGCAGAGAUUUGAUGAUUUAGUCGCUGCUAGCAUUUGCUCAGCUGAUGACAAAGGGCAUCUUCAUUCACGAAAGUCACAUUUAAUUCGAUCUUUAGGAGAUUAUGCAGCAUACAAAAUGGCACCUACUCCCACAAACCCCCAACUGAAGAUCCCAGUCACGUGGCCCAGUGGUACAUACGGGUUAAUGUUGACGACAUCCGGAUGUCCAUCUGAACACUCCUUUACUUGGCACGUUGGUUAUAUCAUACAAGACACUGAGGACCAUCAUAACCACAAUUCCUGGACAUCACAUAUCCAUUUACAUGGUAUAAAGGAUGAUAAAAGAAUUGCACAAGAAUUCUGUAUCAAAGGAGAUACACAGGUAUCCGAGUUUGAUUUGAAUUGGCCAAAAGGAGAUUACUGUAUCCUUAAGUAUGGCAACUGUCCAGACGGUUUUUCUGUCGGUUCCAUAAGGUGGGAUGACGAAGACCCGGGGGAUAGAAAUCAGAAACAUGGAACUCUACCUGACGGCAUCUUUGACGGCAAUACCAAGAUUGACUACUGUUGUAGGAGUGACGGACUUCCCACAGAACAAAUUGCAUUACCAAGGGACAAACCUUUUGUCUUGUUGCGCCAUAAGCGAGGAUGCCAGGAAGUCGUGGGGAUGCAUGUAAAAGAGGAAAGUAUGCUAUGGGACACAGAGGAUUCACACAACCACGACAGUCGAUCCGGAGACCACCCUUAUGAAGAUGGCGGGGAUGACAUCCGACUGCAUUUUUGUUACUACUAUCCCAGAACUCCUAUAACGUCGGUAGUGGGCUAAUGGUUAUCUAGUGUGUAGAAUGC